AUGAUUGUUCCGACUCUACUCCUUCUUACUGCCCAGGCUUUAGCCGACGACUAUCGCCCACUGUUCCACUUCGUCCCGGAAAAAAACUGGAUGAAUGAGCCCAACGGGCUGAUCAAGAUUGACUCUGUCUGGCAUCUGUUCUACCAGCACAACCCAACCGAGAAUGUCUGGGGAAACCUGAACUGGGGCCACGCAACCAGCACCGACCUUGUCCACUGGACGCAUGAGCCCAUCGCAAUAACAAGCGAGGACGGCGUCGAAGCCUUCACCGGGACUAGCUACUACGAUGCUGAAAAUACAUCAGGGCUAGGCACCACUCAGAGCCCGCCCUAUCUGGCCUGGUACACAGGAUACUUCCCGUCGAAUGGUACACAGGACCAGCGCCUUGCGUACAGCGUGGAUGGAGGCGUGACUUACACAAAGUUCGCUGGUAACCCAAUUAUCUCAGCGGCACAGGAAGCGCCCCAUGAUACAACCGGGGGGCUGGAGACGCGCGAUCCCAAGGUCUUGUUCCAUGAGGCAUCUGGGAAAUGGGUCAUGAUUCUUGCCCAUGGUGGCCAGGACAAAGUGACUUUCUGGACCUCUACUGAUGCCAAGCGUUGGACCUGGGUGAGCGAUCUUGGAACAGCCCAGGUACCAGGCCUGCCGGCAAAUAUCACCGGCUGGGAGGUGCCGGACCUUUUCCAGCUACCUAUUGAAGGCACCGAUGAGACUACCUGGGUGUUGAUUCUGACUCCGGCAAAGGGUUCUCCAGCCGGUGGGAACGGCGUCUUCGCCUUGACAGGUUCAUUCGAUGGCGAAAGCUUCAAGCCGGAUCCUGUGGAAUCUGGGAAUCUGUGGCUUGACUAUGGGCGUGAUUUCGACGGCGCGAUGAGCUGGGAGAAUGUUCCUGGAUCGGAUGGGCGACGGAUCCUCGCGGGCAUCUCAAACAGCUACGGCGCCAGCCCGCCAACUAACACCUGGAAAGGGAUGCUCUCGUUCCCUCGCACUCUGGCGCUACAGCAAACAGGUUCUGCGCGUUCCUUUAUUCAGUGGCCUGUCAGUGAACUUUUGGAUAUAGGCUCGCCUCUGACAACUAUACAAAACAAGACAAUUGCCCCGGGCCAGACCCUUCUGUCGUCUGUUGGGGGAACAGCAUUGGAUAUCGAGCUUGCAUUCACCCCACAGAAAGACGCGAUUUUGUCACUGGCAGUUCGAAAGGCCGGAUCACAGCAAACAGUCAUCCAGUACAAACAGUCCACCGCGACGCUGUCAGUUGACCGAACGGCUAGUGGGGAUACAACCUACGACGCUGCAGCAGGGGGCGUUCACAAUGCUUCUCUGCAGCCCGAUUCUUCGGGGCUGGUCCAUAUCAGGACACUGGUUGAUACCUGCUCUGUGGAGGUUUUUGGCGGGAAAGGGAAGGUUGUUAUCUCGGACCUUAUCUUCCCAGAUGACACAGCAGAUGGCCUGGCUCUGCAGGUAACUGGAGGGUCCGUCAUGCUACAGAGUGUAGUGGUCAGGGAGGUCUCUCUUGAGUAG